AUGCUCUUUGAAUUGUUAUGUUCAAUAGUGGGUUUGGUGACAAAGCCUCUCUCACUAGUUAAGGAGCGUGAUCCAGUUGAAAGAAUUAGGAAGCUUGUUCUAUCUCAUGAUCUAGCGACUGAGAAGGAGCUGAAGGAUAUUGAGAAAGAAGUGAGAAAAGAAGUAGAUGAAGCAAUUGCACAAGCUAAGAUAACUCAGCACAAAUGGGCAGGACCAUUUAUGCAACCUGUGGAUGUGGUAGGUCUUGGUUUGCACGAUGACUAUGAGGAGAAAAGACGGAAAGAGGAAGAAGCAGAGAUGUAG